CGACACGGCGCUACCGCAGGGGACCCUGCUCAGGACAGCUCGUUUCCAGCUGUUCAAAUUCAUUAUGAGGAACGAAGCCAGAAGAUUGAGAACGUUUUGGCAGUGGCCAGAGAGCUCGCCCGUGUCUGCCCGGGACUUGGCCAAGGCUGGCUUUUUCUUCGUGGGCCCUGGAGAUGAAGUGCAGUGCUUCUGCUGCGGAGGCGUCCUGAAGGACUGGGUACCUGGCGAUUGCCCCAUCAUAGAGCACCUCAAGUUCUUCCCUUCCUGUAAAUUCGUUUGCGGUGAGGACGUUGGGAGCCAGCAAGUGUUUGCUUUUGAGGAAAUAUUUGACUGCGUGGAUGGGCAGUUCCUCAGUUUCUUGCAGAGGAUGGACAGUGAGGAGACUGCCCUUCCCAAUCAACCGGAAUACCCAGAGCUGGGAACAGAGGAGAUGAGACUAUCUACUUUUGAGAGCUGGCCACAAUACAGUGAGGUGCAUCCUGAGCAGCUGGCUAGAGCAGGAUUCUUUUACACAGGACAAGGUGACAUGGUGAGGUGUUUUUACUGUGAUGGAAGUGUAAGAAACUGGGAACUUGGAGAUGACCCUUGGAGAGAACAUGCAAAAUGGUACCCAAGGUGUGAAUUUUUGUUGCGAUCAAAAGGAAGAGAAUUUGUUAAUGAUGUUCAGGAGUCCUUUUUCAGCACUCUGGUCUCUCCAAGACAUUCCUGGCACCAGGCUGACCAAGAUUCCUCUGCUUCCCAAGAUGCGGUGAGAAAUGGGGAAUUACAGUCUCUUCCUGCUCUGGUUGAGUCUUCUGUAGUGCAGAACAUCCUGCAGAUGGGCUUUGACCCCACUCUGGUGGCUAACCUGGUAGAGAGUAAAUACCUGCUGACUGGGACUCGCUACCUUUCUGAGUCUGAGCUGAUUUCUGAGCUGCUUCAGACAGACUGGGAAGGGAGCAGCGGUGCAGAAGCAACAAGAGAGAGUGAAAGAUCAUGUUCAAGAGAAGAAACACAACCUGUGCAACAAAAAGAAUCAGGUGAGACUCCCCUGAGCACAGAAGAGCAGCUCCGACGCCUGCAAGAGGAGAAGAUGUGCAAAGUGUGCAUGGACAGAGAUGUGUCUGUUGUCUUUGUUCCUUGUGGCCACCUGGUAGCUUGUGCAGAAUGUGCCCCCAACUUGAGACUGUGUCCUAUCUGCAGAGCAGUCAUCCGGGGAAGCGUGAGGACUUUCAUGUCCUGAAGCAAGAGGUAUUUGAGGGGAAAAAUAGCCUGUAA